AUGGCAAUGAAGGAGUCGCUCCCCUCGUGGACGCCGCCACAGGCAGCGGUUGAGGGACCUCCGCAGCGCCCUCGCUGGGCGAACCACAGGGUAUGUAUCCGUCUUCGGAAUCAGUCCCCGCCCCAGGAGGAAGUGCCAGUAGAAAUGGAAGGAACAACAAAACCUCCACAAAUUUCUGAUAUGUUUCACAAAUUCGCCCAUGUUGUCCGUACCAAAACCUUCGAACUCUUCGCUGAUGAAACCGACGAGGAAAAUACCUCCAAUUCCACUGAUGUCUUCACUCUGUUCAACUCCGCUGAGGAAUUUAUCCCUAAUCAAAAAGUCGUCGUUAUAAAACCCGAUUUCUGCAAAUUCCCAGAAAAUGAAAAUACCCAUUUUACUAAAUCCCUAAUUUCUUCACUUUUUGCUACAAUUUCGUCGUUUGAAGCUUCUUAUCUUCAGUUGCAAACAGCUCACGUGCCGUUCGACGAAAAGGCGAUCGAAUCAGCGGAUAAAGUUUUGGUAUCAGUUCUUCAGAAAUUAACUGAAAUGAAGAAUUUGUAUAGGGAUUUUAGGAAAAACCCAAGUUGUAAAUUUGAUGAUCUUGUAGGGUCAGAAUUGGAAUUUCAGGUUCAAGAGAAUCAGAGCAAGCUCAGAGUUUUGGAGACUAUGGUAAAUCAGUUAAUGUCUUUUAUGGAUUCUAAAGAUGAUGAAGUUUUGAUUUUGAGGAAAAAAUUGGAAAAAUUGGAACUUUUUAAUUCCAAUUUGUCAAAAAAACUAGGGGUCAAAAAUGAAAAUUUGGAGAAUACCAGUAUGCAGGUAUUGCGUACAGUUACUGUUUUUGAAUCUAUGUUGCGUGAUUCGAUUAAGUUAGUGAAUAAAUUUUGUAAGUUGUUAAUGGAGUUAAUGAAAAGAGCAGGUUGGGAUUUGGAGAAAGCAGCAAAUUCUGUGUAUUCUGAUGUUAAUUAUGCUGAAAAAGGACACUUCAAAUAUGCAUUUAGUUCAUAUAUUUGUUUGGGCUUGUUUAAGGGAUUUGAUCUUGAAGAUUUUGGUUUGAGAGAUGAAGAAAUGCUGUGUAAUGAGGAUGGUUUAAUGUCUGGUGAAAAUGAUUAUUUGAAACAAUUACUUGAGCAUAUUUCGUGUAAUCCGAUGGAGGUUUUGAGUAAGAAUCCUAAUUGUGCGUUUUCAAGAUUUUGCGAGAAGAAGUAUGAGCAGAUAAUUCAUCCUACAAUAGAGUCGUCGAUUUUUAGAAAUUUGGAUGGGAAAGAAGUCAUAGUGGAUUCGUGGAAGUCGUUAAGUGUGUUUUACGAGUUGUUUGUAAGGAUGGCAAGUGCGAUAUGGUUGCUUCAUAAGUUGGCCUAUUCCUUUAAUCCUGUAGUCGAGAUAUUCCAAGUCGAGAGAGGGGUUGACUUUUCGCUGGUGUACAUGGAAGAUGUUUCGAGGAAAAGUCAAUUCCCUUUGAGCAAGUCGAGGCCAAAGGUGGGAUUUACCGUCGUACCUGGAUUUAAAAUUGGGAGGACGAUCAUUCAGACACAGGUUUAUCUUACUGGCUUAAAAUGCACGGAAUAG